AUGGUCGGUGGCGGCCUCGGCGGCGUGGUGCGUGGCGUGCGCGCGUACUCGUCCGCGAGCCAGCCGGACUUUUAUGCGGUGCUGCAAGUGCCGCGCGAUGCGUCCAAGGCGCAGAUCAAGAACCAGUUCUACCGCCUCUCGAAGCAGUACCACCCCGACGUGAGCCAGUCGGAGGAGGGCAAAGUCCUGUUUCAGCGCGUCAGCGAGGCGUACGCUACGCUCAGCAACGACCGGGCGCGGCGCGACUAUGACCGCGCACGCGGUAUCGGUGCGGUGCGCGCUGCGCACCCCGACCAUGCCCCCAUGACACAUGCCCAGCGCCGCGAGCAGGCGCGCUACGCCUGGGAGUACCAGCGGCGCACGCACGCGCGUACGCACACGGCCUCGCCGCGCUACAGCGCGCACGCACAUGCGGCACAUGCGGGGGCGGGCUCGCCGGGCGACUCGACGCACCUGUACGGCAAGAUGGCGCAGCGCGAGGCGCGCCUCGAGCGCUUCCGCACGCGUUUUGGUUCCGCGGCGCAUUCGCAGGCGCACCCCGACUCGUUCCGCGCGUGGAGCCAGCGCCGCUGGAGCGACGAGGAGCACCAGGCGGAGCGUGCCAGCACGCUUGUGCGCCUCGUGCAGGUCAGCGCCGUGCUGGGCGGCGCCGUGUGGCUCGGCCACCGGGUCUUUUCAUAG